ACCAGUCUCAUUUCCACUAGGGAAUUUCAUCAUGUUCUUUCAUUUGCGCUUGAUUUCUUAUAUCCAUUAAUCAAACCAAAUUUAAGCUUAUUCUGAUAUGACAGAUUACAUUGCUUUUUCGGCAAUUUGGACUGCAAUGACAGCAAUGCAGUAAUCACCGGCUCGUGGCAUCUACAAGAUCAGAUCAGAGAACUUACGUUUAAGAUUUUGGGCCAAUAAUGAGCCUGAACGAGACAACCACGCGCAUUACGCACGUCUUCAGUGGGACAUUUGCGCACUCCACAAAAAGCGCGGCUGUAGAAAUACUACAAAACUGUGUUUUAGGAGUCGACGAUGAGGGGAAGGUUUGUUGGAUACGUAUUUUCAUUACAAUUGCCUUUAUUGAAGAAGAGCCAGAUGUGGUCAGCCUCUCAAAAAUAUGGGGGUUUGAAACUGCAGAAAUAAAACAGCUUGAACAACAUGAGUUCCUUAUGCCAGGAAUGGUUGAUACACACAUCCAUGCAUCUCAGUAUAGCUACACUGGCACUGCCUUAGAUCUGCCUUUACUACAGUGGCUCAACAAUUACACUUUCCCUGUGGAAGCCAAGUAUAAAGACCUAGACUUUGCCAACAAUGUCUACACUAAAGUUGUGAGAAGAACUUUAAAGAAUGGCACCACUACUGCUUGUUACUUUGCCACAAUACACACUGAUGCUUCCCUUUUGCUUGGAGAGCUUGCAGAUAAGUUUGGACAGAGAGCUUUAGUGGGCAAAGUUUGCAUGGACUACAAUCCCGUAGUUCCGCAAUAUCAAGAAAGCUCAAAUGAAUGUAUAGAGGAGACAGAUCGUUUCAUCACAGAGCUUCUCAAAAAAGAGUACCCGAAUGUUAAGCCUGUGGUCACUCCUCGAUUUGCCCCCUCCUGUUCUGCUUCAUUGCUCAGUGAAUUGGGUGCAAUCGCCAAUAACAAGCUUCACAUUCAGAGUCACAUAAGUGAGAACAAAGAGGAGGUGGAGCUUGUGAAGACAUUGUUUCCAGAUUGCAAAUCCUACACUGAUGUUUACCUCAAGCAUAACCUGCUCACAGAGAAGACUGUAAUGGCCCAUGGCUGUCACUUAACUGAUGAAGAAUUGAAGAUCUUCCACGAAAGAGGAUCUGCAAUCUCUCACUGUCCUAACAGUAACAUUUCGAUUUGUAGUGGUUUGCUGAAUGUGCGCAAUGUUUUGAACCACAAAGUGAAAUUGGGUUUGGGGACAGUAGAUGUUGCAGGAGGAUACUCUCCAUCUAUACUGGAUGCAAUGCGACGAUGUCUGGAUACAUCUAAAGCCCUGACCAUCCAGGACCCUCAGCAUCAGACUCUAACAUUUGAAGAGGUUUUUAGACUGGCUACACUUGGUGGAAGUGAGGCCCUUUCAUUGGAUGAUCAGAUAGGAAACUUUGUGGUAGGGAAGGACUUUGAUGCCCUGAGAGUGAAUGUUUGCGUUCCUGGUGGGCCGAUCGAUUUGUUUCCUGGAGAUGGCCACAAGGUCAUUUUGGAGAAGUUUUUGAAUUUGGGUGACGAUCGAAAUAUUACUGAAGUCUAUGUUGCUGGAAGACAAGUGGUUCCAUUUUCAGAUACAUAGUUUCGGAUACAUCGAGUCUUUCUUGAGUCCAUUCUGGACAUUAUUGUCACCACAAAUAUAUUACAUGAAGGCUGGUGUUAAUAUUGAUGUUUAGGAUUCUACUAAGGAAAAUAUGUAAUUAGCAAAUGAGGAAGGAAACAUUAAUGAUACUUAUACAUUUUUAUUAUUUAGUUAGCAUCUUGAUAAAUAUGUGCAUAUAGUAAGCAUCUUGCUUUAAUUGUGAAAGAUGAUAGCAUUUGUUAAAUUGUACAAAUAUAGCACUUAUAAUAUUUUAUAUUUAAUUACUACAUUUUUAAUCGUGAAAUAAUUGUCACUGGAAAUAUUUUUUUUACUGUCAACCUGAUUUUGUUAGUUUUGGUCAAUCUAUCUGUUUGUCUGUCUAUGUUUUUUUUUAUUAAUAACCUUUUUUGCCUUAAUUAAUAUCAGUCCCCUAUGAACAUUAUACAACAGUCAUACUGCAGGACUACUUAAAUUAACUGAAAAUGGGCGAUUCAAAAUAGUGAAAAAUGUAAAGGUGCAUUCAAUAAUUGUUUUCCUCAUUAAACAUAUUUUAUUCCAGACGAAAUUAGUAAUCUUUAAAUAUAUGUAUAAAAUCAUAACUACUCAAAUGAUCAUAUCAGUCAUAUCAGUAACCUUAUAAAAGCUGUUAUUCUACAUAGUCAUCCCCUCAUGAUCACAUGACCACCCGAAUACUACUCACUAUCAGUAACUGCCCUUGUAUUUAUCAUUUACUCAAGACUUAAAUUAAUCAUAGCCAGUGGCAUCAGUUACUGAAAACUAUUAUGUUUGAAUGGUGCUGCAUCCACGCCACUUGAUGUCAGGGUAAGUCCAAAAUAACAUAAACACAAAAAUUAAAAGUCUACUGCCUCACAAUUCAGGGUAAUGAUGCAUUAAUUGCAUUAAUUCACGCUAAAACCAUAAAAUCUUAUAAUAAUCCGAUUAUAAAUCAUAUUUGGUUAAUAUUUCCAUAAAAAUACCAAUGUGAUCAUUUUAAAUUUUUAUAUCUUAAUAUUUUUUACAUUGUUUCCUGUUGUGAUAGUUUUGUUGUAGAUUACUAUGAUUUUUUUAAAUGA